AUGCGGUCGCAACUAGUUCAUCGAGCGCUCCGCUUGUCGACGACUGCCGUUCGUCCUGCAGGGACUCGUCGUUGCUCCUAUCUCAAGCAACUGAGACAUGCCGCCUCUUUUCAACUUCCGCUUGAUAAAAACUGCUUUCUUCGUCACUUUGCCCAGUCUUCCAAGGUCAAAGAUGACAGCGCGACCAUUCCGACCUCGGAAUACUUGGGGGUCGUCUACAAUGCCGACCAAGUGAAGAAGUACAGUGCCGAGCUGGACAUGGAUGGAAACGUGAUCAGCGGUGGCGACUUUUGGACGGCACUGGAUGCAGCAAAAGCAUACGAUGAACUCGUGGCGCUUUACUGCGACCUGGACACGCCACGCAACUUCCCUGAACGCGAUGCCAUGGAGUUUGCACGGGAGGAAGCUGGAGACAUGGAGUGGCUUGCUCCAGAAACGGGAACUCGCCAUGCUGACCUGAUUCCGCCCAUUCUUCAGACUUAUUUGACCAUUGACGAGGUCAAAGAAGCGUUGGCACGAGAGAAGGCCAUCGACGUGUACGUUGUGGACUUGGCUGGUAAAACCAGUUUGGCUGACUUUAUGGUGUUUGCUACGGGCAAAUCGCAGUCGCAUAUGCGGCGCAUGGCCGACAUGUUGAUUAAGUCGAUGAAAGCACGAGACAUUGUGGAUGAGUUUGACUAUGGAGUAGAAGGUCGCGAGUGCGACGACUGGAUGAUUGCUGACUGCAAUAACAUCGUGGUGCACUUGAUGCGUGCAGACACUCGUCGAAUUAUGGCGUUGGAAGACCAUUGGGAGAACAUGGUGGACAACAAGCACCGAGUCUACGGUGACAUGAACGAGGACGAGUACAUGGAUAAAUUUGGCACAAGCGAACUCAUGGAGUAUCUGGAAGACGAGGACCACCCGCCUGCCGAAGGAGACGAAGAAGGAUCGGGUGUCGAGUGGAAGUAA